CGCAUUGGUGACGACGCUCUGCGCGCCAGGAGCUCCGUGUGCUUUGGCUCGAGACGCGCCCUUUAUUCCUCACCCCUCCUGCGUAAACGCUAUCCGACCUUUUGCUGCAUCACGUCUUGGAUCCGCAUUUUAAACGGAAUAAAAAUGGCCAAGUCUACUGGUAUAUCGGGCAGUGCCCAGCAGACGCAAAUCGUCAAGCUCGAAGCUCUCGACGCGUCACAGUCGUAUUUCUCUCAAGUUCCGAACUUUAGGCCAAACGAUGACGCUGGCUUCGAGGAAGAGUUCGGCCGUUUCGCUUCAUCAUAGAAUAUAACCCCUGGCUCAAGUGCCUGGCGGCAGCAACGCAUAAAGGCAAUUCGCCAUGAGGUGAUAUUUCAUUACUCGCAACAAGUCAAACCCGAGGACGAUGAAGUGAGCGACAACGACAAGGUUAAGAAAGAGGACGGCGCUCCAGCCCGCCCUAGCAAAAAGAAGCGGGCACAGCAGAAGCUCUAGGUAUACCAGAACAUGUGCCGCGAAGUUGGCCUUGAACCGCUCGAUACGAUCAAUGGAUGCGUGGCGAAUCUGAAAAGCAAGCUGGUGAAUAUUGUCGACUAUAUCGACGCUAAGCGACGCGGCAGCGCGGUUGUGGUGUGGGAGCCGGAGAAGUUUGAAGACUUCAAGCGCUACACGCUCGCCGCCGACAAGCGAAUCGACCAAAAGGAGGCUAGAAGAGGGGAUGGUUUCCUCGCAGCUCUGCUACAAAAUCUCAGAGGCUCAAACGCUGCUAAGACGUAUAAACGGCGGCGGGAUGCUGCAGCGAUGGCCAGGGACCAGUACACAGAUCGCGUCUCAGGGGACAUCUCUGGUCAGCGGGCUACAACAAAGCCGUUCGCCGUCAAGCAAGAAUUAUCCUUGGGUGGCAUGGACAAAAGCGUUAGACGGAACUGCGAAGUGAUUUCCAUCCAUGGGUCGGAGUCUGACUUCACAUCACCCGAGCGAAACCUCAAAGAGGAGUCGGUCGCGGACGGGAGAUACGAAGUCUUUUCCAUUCACAAUUCAGAAUCUAAUUUCUCAUCACCUGGCCGGACCAUCAGAGAGGGCAUUGCCAACAUGCGUGCUGCAAGCCCUGCUAGCAGCAUUGCGUCUUUAUUGCCUGAUGAGAUCCCAUGCUCCUCGCAGAAAAGGGUUAAGCGUAAGCUAUAUGCUGCGAUAUAAGUGGAGGAUCGUUCUCCCUAAGACGAGCUCGCCUCAAGACCUGCGUUUAAGCGUUUCCAAAAUGCAAAGUCUUUCGAGUUGGAUUGAGGGGGGAGGGCAUAUUGUAAAGCUGGCAGCCGUCGGAUUCUUGAUACAGCAAAAUAAUACCUAGUCUACUAUAAUAAAAAGGCCCAAUACCAUGCUCCUAGUUAUAAUUUUAAUCAUAUAUAAGCAUUAUUCAUGUCUUAUAAGGAAGGCCGCGGUUUAAAGGCUAUACGUCCAAAUUUGCAUUCUUCCAGGUCACC